GCCAUGGCCGCCUCCGGCCGGAGCGAGGACCGCGACAGCGACGGCGGCAGCAUCAUCGUCCUGGACGACGAGGAGGAGGAGGAGGGGGAGGAAGAGCGGGAGGAGGAGGAGGGCAGCCCCGCCCCCCCCGAGCGGGAGCAGGCGCGGGGGGCCUCCCCAGGCCGCUCCUCCGGGGCCCCCGGCAACUCGGGCCCCAGGAAGCCCGGCCCGGGCAAGGACGCCGCCACCCUCCGCGCCAGGAACGGGCGCCUCUUCGCCGAGUUCCUGGCCUUCUGCUCGGAGCACACGCUGGACCACCCGGAGGUGAUGUCCUACCUGGCCAGCCGGCACCAGAAGACCAGCCCCGACUUCUUGGCCUCGGUGGAGUUCCACAACGUCCUGAGCCGCUGCCUGGCGCGGGUGAAAGCGCGCCAGAGCAAGAUCUACGUGUACAUCAAUGAGCUUUGCACUGUCUUCCGGGCCCAUUCCCAGAAGAAGAAGCCGACCCCGGUGUCCGGCACCUCCCUGGCCACGGCCGCCCCCGCCGCCCCCGCAAGCCCUUCUGAGCCAGCCCCGGAGGCGGCCAAGCCCCGCGCGGUCUCCAAGCGGCGCAUCCAGGACCUGGAGAACCUGCUGCGGGUCUACUCCAAGGAGAUCCGGCGGCUGCAGGAGCGGGAGCUGGACCUGGAGGAGCUGGACCGGGCGGACUCCGCCUACCUGCUGGAGGGCCGCCUCAAGCGGCGCAUGAUGCGCGUCUUCCAGCGCCUCUGCGAGCUGAAGGACUGCAGCAGCCUGACGGGCCGCGUGAUAGAGCAGCGCAUCCCCUACCGCGGCACCCGCUACCCGGAGGUCAACCGGCGCAUCGAGCGCCUCAUCAACCGCCCCGAGGCCUUCCCGGACUACGCGGACAUCCUGCGGGUGGUGCAGAAGGCCAGCGCCUGCCACAGCCUGGGCCUGCCCAAGCGGCAGAUGGAGAGCAUGGCGGCCAGCGCCUUCCGCGAGGUGGGCGACCUGCUGCAGGAGCGCCGCCACCUCGACCUCAUCUACAACUUCGGCAGCCACCUCACCGACGAGUACCGGCCCAAUACGGACCCGGCUCUGCUGGACAGCGAACUCGCCCGGCGCCUGCGGCACAACCGGGUGCUCUCGCUGCGGCGCCUGGAGGAGGUGACCUCGCAGUACGCCCAGCUGCAGGAGAAGGCGGAGGAGUGGCAGUGGUGCAGGCAGGGGGGGCGCCCCCGGGCAGGGCCCAGCGGGACCCCUGGGCAGCCCCGGGGCGAGCCGCUCUCGCCCCAGAAGCCCGGCGCUGCUGCGGCCGCCACCGGCGGACAGGGCAGCCCGGCUCCGAAGGCGGGGGACAAAGAGGCCGAAGAAGAGGACGAGGAAGAGGAGGACGAGGAGGAGGAGGACGAGGAGGACGAGGAAGACGAGGAGUCGUCCUCCUCUGAGCUGGAUAUGGACGAGGAGCUGGAGAAGUGCCUCGGCAGAGAGGGCCCUGUGCCAGAGGACGGCCCCCUGGAGCCCGAGAUGGAAGCCGACCAGCGCAUGCUCCUGUCUUCCUCUGCGGAAGACCCAGAGGAGGAAGAGGACGAAGAAGACGAGGAGGAGGAGGAGGAGGAGGAGGAGGAAGAGAGCGAGGAGGACGUGGAGGCGGAGGAGGGCCCGCCGCCACAGCAGCAGGAGCCGCCCAGCCCCUCCGACAAGCCGCCCACUCCCGGCACGGCCCCGGAGCAGUUCCUGCUGGCCAUCGAGGAAGCACUGUCCCUGGAGGCGGGCGAGACGCCCCCGCCGUCCCCCAAGCCGUCCCCCCCGCCCCCUCGUCGGACUGAGCCGGGGGGCGCCCUCCCCCUGCCGGAGCAGCAACCCCCCGUGCCGGCCAAGCGGGCCUGGUCCCCGGAGCACGAGGGCCCCCUCCCGGCGGACAUUACCGCCCUCCACGAGGUCAAUGGGCAGCCCCGCGGCAAGAAGGCCCGGCAGGAGCACCGGGUGUCCAACAGCAGCUGCAUAGAAGUGCCCAGCACGGGCUCCUCCUCCUCCUCCGAGGAAGACGAGGACGGGGGCGGGGGCGGGCCGCUGCGCUCGCUCUCCCUGCACAGCCCGGCCCCCGUCGUGGACUCCACCUGCGCGGACUCCCCCAGCUCCGGCCUGGUCUCCAGCUCCCAGGGCAGCCCGCAGCACCUCCUGCUCCAGGUCUGCAAGGCCAGUGUGGCGACCCAGUGUGACCCGGAGGAGAUCAUCGUGCUGUCGGACUCCGACUAGCGCCCCGGCCAGAGGCGCCUCAGUGGGGCUGACGGAGGGCCCAGCGGAACGGUGGGCCUGGCUGGACUGCAGGGGUGCCCCGGUGGGGGGG